AUCUUUGUUUACAGCUUUUUUCUUAAUUCUCAACAACAAAAACAAUUAUGGCGAUGAGCUUCAUCACAGGAAAAGGUCUAUCAACCACCCAGUUGUUGAAGUUGGUGGUGAAUACACUGUAUGAUAAAUUUGUUGAGAAGGAUAUCAAAGGAUUUGAUGGGUUCAAUGUUGGUAUUCUUGAUACCUUCAACACUAUCAACAUGGCCUUACCCGGGAAGCAUUAUGUUGCACCUUCAUAUAAGGAUGUAAAGGAUUUGUUCGAACAAUGGAAAGAAAUUGAUAGAGAAGAGAAGAGGAAGAAGUUCAUCGAGUUCAUCAACGAGAAAGUGAAUAUAAACAAAGUAGAUGAAUCUAUGUUAAUCACUGCAAUAAUGGCACCACCAGCAGCCAUGAUGGCUAAGAAAACAGGACAAAUAGUGCCUCAACUUGCACUCAUGAAUGCCAUACCUGAUGUUGUAUUUGUUCCCUCAGCCACACUUUUGGCUCUAAUUGCCGUCAAGAUCAUAAGAUUACCCUUCAUCGGAAAGACAACAUCCAAGAAUAUAGUGUCAUCUACAACUGUAAUAGAGGAACAACCUCAAAUUACACCUGAACAACAACCUCAAACUGAAACUACACCUGAAACUGAAGUAGAAGAACCUCAAACUGAAACUACACCUGAAAGUGAAGUAGAAGAACCUCAAACACCAACUACACAACCUGAAAUGGAAGAAGAACCUCAAGUUGAAACUAGACAAGAACCUCCAACUGCAACUAUAUCUGAAGCUAAAAUGGAAGAAGAGCCUCAAACUACAACUACACCUGAAACUCUGAAAGAUGAACCUCAAAUUGAAAGUAAACCAGAAGCUUUAAGCACAAUGACACCUGAAACAGAAAUAGAAAAGGAACCUCAAUCUCAAACUACAACUGCGCCAGAAACUACAGUACAAGGACCUCAAAUUCCAGUUCAACCAAAACCACACUUUAUAACUGGGCAUGUCCACAAGGACAACACCACUUGUUUCUUAUGUAAUGAAUACCACAUUUAUUGAGUAACUUUCAAAUACCUUUUUCUCAAUAAACACACACACAUUUGUCAAUCUCUAUGCUCUUUUGAUUAUGAUUAAAGGUAGAUUACCAAGUUGUGAACUGAACAUGUGAUUUGGUUGCUUGGGUGAGGAGCUAAUUGCUAGGAUGAAGGAAGGACUGAAGGACUGAAGGACUAAUGGUAUAUGACUUAAGAGAAAUAAUGUCAACAAUGAAAAUGAAGUUGUAAAUACCAAGUUUAGUGGUGCUUGAAACAAGGUAAAAAUUUGCUCCUUGGACACUGCUUCAGCAUAGGAUAUGCAAUUUGCAUGAUAUUUGGUUAGCAAGAAUACUCAUAGGAAUGAAGACAGUCUAGCACACUGUUUUGCAAAGGAUAAUCAUAGGCAUCAAAGAAACAUUAAUGAAGAUAGUUUUUUCUUCCUUCUUUUUUCA